GUGCCCAAAUUCCGUUGCGUAACUCCUCCUUGGCUCGGCCCAAGGAAUCGCAGAUGAGGUGCGUCCUCACCGGCUUCACCGCAGACAACAGAAGCCGCUUGGGCACCGAAUGGACGCCGCUGAAUUUCGUAGCAGCAGAUCCGCCGCUCAUCAUACAACCGAGCACGAUUUAUUACAGACACAUCGGACAAGUUCCCAACUACUCCGGACACAUUCCAGGCGAAAUCUUCAGAUUUGGUAGGACUUAUGGGAACGAUACAAAGGAUGCGAAACGGUGGCUCCGAGGGGACUACACAUUUUAACAUAAAGUUGUCUUGAAUUUCCUCGGAAAAUAAAAGAAAUGAAAGAGAAAACAGAAACAUUUAUCAUUCCAUAAGAAAACAGUAUGCGAUUCAAUGUGCGUGUACGUGUGAGAGUAGUAAUGAAGUGUGUGAGAUUAAGAGAGUAUAAAGAGGAAGAGAAUGUCGAAUAGCAGCCAUGUUUUUAUUUCUUAAAAAAAUACUUUAACAGUAUUAGCAGGUUUGUUAAGAAUAAUAA